AUGGCUGACUUUAGAAGACACAAAUUUGAAAAUGAAGCAGCUGAUAUCAAUGAAAUUGAUGAUGGGCUGAUGGCAGGCAUUUCUAGUGGGUUAUCCUCGAGUGUCAAGAAAUCGGAAUUGGAAUCAAGUAAUUCAGAUUCUCAGUCCAAACUUUCCGAUGAAGAUAUGACUCUCGCACCUUCAUUACAAAGAAAAGCAUGCAACAACGUGGAGUUAUGCGACGUUUACGCGGAAUUACAUCGCGAAGGGUAA